AUGGCCCCACUGUUCCUGCCCCUCCUGGCAGCCCUGGUUCUGGCCUGGAUCCCUGAGGCCUUGGCUGAUGCUCUGGAAGGAGACAGCUCAGAGGACAGGGCCUUCCGCGUGCGCAUCGCGGGCGACGCGCCGCUGCAGGGCGUGCUGGGCGGCGCCCUCACCAUCCCAUGCCACGUCCACUACCUGCGGCCGUCGCCGAGCCGCCGGGCCGCGCAGGGCUCCCCGCGGGUUAAGUGGACCUUCCUGUCCGGCGGCCGGGAGGCCGAGGUGCUAGUGGCGCGGGGCCUACGCGUCAAGGUGAGCGAGGCCUACCGGUUCCGCGUGGCACUGCCUGCCUACCCGGCGUCACUCACCGACGUCUCCCUGGUGCUGAGCGAGCUGCGGCCCAACGACUCAGGCAUUUACCGCUGCGAGGUCCAGCAUGGCAUCGACGACAGCAGCGACGCUGUGGAGGUCAAGGUCAAAGGGGUCGUCUUUCUCUACCGGGAGGGCUCUGCCCGCUACGCUUUCUCCUUCACUGGGGCCCAGGAGGCCUGUGCCCGCAUCGGAGCGCGAAUCGCCACUCCGGAGCAGCUCUACGCCGCCUACCUCGGGGGCUAUGAACAGUGUGACGCUGGCUGGCUGUCCGACCAGACCGUGAGGUAUCCCAUCCAGACGCCACGAGAGGCCUGUUAUGGAGACAUGGAUGGCUUCCCUGGGGUCCGGAACUACGGAGUGGUCGACCCGGAUGACCUCUAUGAUGUUUACUGUUAUGCUGAAGAACUAAAUGGAGAGCUGUUCCUGGGUGCCCCUCCAGAAAAGCUGACCUUGGAGGAGGCACGGACAUACUGCCAGGAGCGGGGUGCUAAGAUUGCAACCACCGGCCAGCUGUAUGCAGCCUGGGAUGGUGGCCUGGACCGCUGCAGCCCUGGCUGGCUGGCUGAUGGCAGUGUGCGCUACCCCAUCGUCACCCCCAGCCAGCGCUGUGGUGGGGGCCUCCCUGGUGUCAAGACUCUCUUCCUCUUUCCCAACCAGACCGGCUUCCCCAACAAGCACAGCCGCUUCAACGUCUACUGCUUCCGAGACUCUGCCCAGCCUUCUGCCAUCCCUGAGGCAGCCAACCCAGGCUCUGACCCGGCCUCUGAUGCACUGGAAUCCAUUGUCACAGUGACUGAGACCCUGGAGGAACUGAAGCUGCCCCAGGAAGCUGUGGAAAGCGAGUCCCGAGGAGCCAUCUACUCCAUUCCCAUUAUAGAGGAUGGAGGUGGUGGAAGCUCCACUCCAGAAGACCCAGCGGAGGCCCCUAAAACCCUCCUAGAAUUCGAAACCCAAUCCAUUGUGCCUCCGCUGGGGUCCUCAGAAGAGGAAGGCAAGGUGUUGGAGCAAGAAGAGAAAUACAGGGGUGAAGAAGAGGAAGAAGAGGAAGAAGAAGAGGAGGAGGUGGAGGAGGAGGCCCUGUGGGCCUGGCCCAGUGAGCUCAGCAGCCUGGACCCAGAGGCCCCUCUCCCCACUGAGCCAGCUCCAGAGGGGUCACUCACCCAGGCAUCCCCUCCAGUGAGGGCUGCCCUCCAGCCUGGUGCAUCACCACCACCCUAUGACGACCCAGAGGCUCCCAGGCCUCCAAGGGUCCUUGGGCCACCCACCAAGACCCUGCCCACUCCCAGGGAAGGGAACCUGGCAUCCCCACCACCUUCCACUCCGGUUGGGGCAAGAGAGAGAGAGGAGGAGACUGGAGGUCCUGAGCUCUCUGGGGCCCCUCGAGGAGAGAGUGAGGAGACAGGAAGCUCCGAGGGUGCCCCUUCCCUGCUUCCAGCCACACGGGCCCCUGGGGAUACCAGGGAUCUGGAGAGCCCCUCUGAAGAGAAUUCCAGAAGAACUGUCCCACCAGGGACUUCAGUGCGUGCCCAGCCGGUGCUGCCCACUGACAGUGCCAGCCGUGGUGGAGUGGCCGUGGCCCCCUCAUCAGGUGACUGUUUCCCCAGCCCCUGCCACAAUGGCGGGACGUGCUUGGAGGAGGAGGAGGGGGUCCGCUGCCUGUGUUUGCCUGGCUAUGGGGGGGACCUGUGCGAUGUUGGCCUCCACUUCUGCAGCCCCGGUUGGGACGCCUUCCAGGGCGCCUGCUACAAGCACUUUUCGACCCGAAGGAGCUGGGAGGAGGCGGAGAACAAGUGCCGGAUGUACGGCGCGCACCUCGCGAGCAUCAGCACGCCGGAGGAACAGGACUUCAUCAACAAUCGAUACCGGGAGUACCAGUGGAUCGGGCUCAAUGACAGGACCAUCGAAGGGGAUUUCCUGUGGUCAGAUGGUGUCCCCCUGCUCUAUGAGAACUGGAACCCUGGGCAGCCAGACAGCUACUUCCUGUCCGGAGAGAACUGCGUCGUUAUGGUGUGGCACGAUCAGGGACAAUGGAGUGAUGUUCCCUGCAACUACCACUUGUCCUACACCUGCAAGAUGGGGCUGGUGUCCUGUGGGCCCCCACCAGAGCUGCCCCUGGCUCAGGUAUUUGGCCGCCCACGGCUGCGCUAUGAAGUCGACACGGUGCUUCGUUACCGGUGCCGGGAGGGGCUGACCCAGCGCAACCUACCACUGAUCCGCUGCCAGGAGAAUGGUCGCUGGGGGCCCCCCCAGAUCUCCUGUGUGCCCCACAGGCCUGCUCGAGCUCUGCGCCCAAUAGAGGCCCAAGAAGGACAUCAGAGGAGGCUCGUGGGGCACUGGAAGGCACGGUUGAACCCCUCUCCCAAUCCUGCUCCAGGCCCCUAA